AUGGUGGUGGUGGUAGUGAUCCUGGUUGUUGUGAUGCUGCUUAUGAUGAUGAUGAUGAUGGUGGUGGUGGUAGUGAUCCUGGUUGUUGCGAUGCUGCUUAUGAUGAUGAUGAUGGUGGUGGUGGUAGUGAUCGUGAUCCUGGUUGUUGCGAUGCUGCUUAUGAUGAUGAUGAUGGUGGUGGUGGUAGUGAUCCUGGUUGUUGUGAUGCUGCUUGAUGAUGAUGAUGAUGGUGGUGGUGUGAUCCUGGUUGUUGUGAUGCUGCUUAUGAUGAUGAUGGUGGUGGUGGUGGUAGUGAUCCUGGUUGUUGUGAUGCUGCUUAUGAUGAUGAUGAUGAUGGUGGUGGUGGUAGUGAUCCUGGUUGUUGCGAUGCUGCUUAUGUGUCCCAUCGUCCCAGUGUCCCAUCAUCGCUGUGUCCCAUCAUCCCAGUGUCCCAUUAUCGCGGUGUCCCAUCAUCCCAGUGUCCCAUCAUCCCAGUGUCCCAUCAUCCCAGUGUCCCAUCAUCCCUGUGUCCCAUCAUCCCUGUGUCCCAUCAUCGCGGUGUCCCAUCAUCCCUGUGUCCCAUCAUCCCGGUGUCCCAUCAUCCCUGUGUCCCAUCAUCCCAGUGUCCCAUCAUCCCUGUGUCCCAUCAUCGCGGUGUUCCAUCAUCCCUGUGUCCCAUCAUCCCUGUGUCCCAUCAUCCCUGUGUCCCAUCAUCCCGGUGUCCCAUCAUCCCUGUGUCCAUCAUCCCUGUGUCCCAUCAUCCCUGUCCCAUCAUCCCAGUGA